CUCACAGGCUUGGGUCUAUGUUGGCUAUCGGAUUCCACCAGCACCCUCGCCGCACCCGCGUGGGAACUGCCGCACGACGUAGCUGUUGAGCCGCGCCUGCCCAAUGUCUUUGUCCAUGUCCUGGGGCACGUUUGGGAGUCACUCUUGGAGCUUUAGGCUGACCGGGCGGGAAAUUCGAGGCCCUGUGAGGCUACCAAGCGAGCAGGAGAUCAAAGACGAAGAAAUGACCAAGAAUCUCUUCGUGGCCAGGCUAUGCACUGCAGCCUUGGUGUGUCUGAUUGCGAUCGCUGGAUACCUGAACCUCGCCCCUGUGCUGAUUGAGGGCAUCGGGCCGCCAUUUGCUAUCACAAACAUCAAGCUUGGGGCAAUGGCUGGUCUGUUUAUAUCAGGUAUGAUGCAUCAGCGAAUUUGGGGGUUGACCAGGUUUUUCAAGGUUGCGUUUCCUUUAGGGAUGAUCUCAAUUGGUGCGUUCAUUGCAAUCACGGGGCGCCCUCUUGAUUCAUGGCACAUGUUCGCCGUGUUGGUGUUUGAUUUUAUCGCGGUCAUGCAGUCAGAUGAGGACGAGUCGGCCUUGCACGGCUUGUCCAUUGCUCUGUUCCUUGCAUAUGUGGUGUACGUUUUCUUCCACACUUGCUCUGUGGAUGGAAUCGGCCCACAAAUUCACCUGAUCGACCAUGGCAGCGACUACGAUCUGUCGAGCCAGCUUCUCUGCAAUAUCGUUCCUGUCCUGCUGAAUCUGCUGCUGAUCAUGUCGUACUCGCGGGAUCAGCGCCGGGACUCGAAGCGCAGCAGGGCCUCCGUGGAGCUGGCCUCCCAGGUCGCCAAGGCCCUGAACAAUUUCGACCUGGAGGGUGCGCAGAGCUUGCUAGAGGAGAGACCCGACAGCGAGGAUCUUCCAAUCUGCACGCAUCUCGAGCAGCUGGUCGACAGCUUGCGGGUCUUCCGGCCGUUCCUGCCUAACUACCUCUUCCCGCAGAAUGUCGGGAACGACAGCGACCCCACGCACGGGGCCGUCUCGCAGGCGAUGUGGGGGAAGCCCACUUGCUGGGACAGCGCAGCAACGGCGGCCAUGAGAUUGCGAGAUCCCGAGUAUUCCCUGAACGAUUUUCGCACAGAUGUGACAGCUGCUUUCCCCGAGAUGCAGCUCUACAGCAUGGGAUCGAGGUUUUCCUCUGGGCGCACUGGUUCUGAGGAGUACCAACGUACAUUAGGAGCGUUAUAUUCUGUAUAUUGCAUUGCUCGCCUUGAUAUAGAUGGUAAAGACAUAUUAUCGUUUGGUGUCGACGCGCAGGGAAAAGCAGUCAGGGCCACGGCCUCUGCUGGAUGCGACCCAGACGAGAAGAGGCACAUGUUUUACAAGUCGAUGGACUGGGAUCGGAUGCUGGAGCUAUUUAUCCGGGCUGGCCUUCUCUUGAGGCGGCCGGUGAAAACCGGGGGUUUUGUAGAUAAAGAUUAUGGGACCGCAUCAGGGCCGUCAUCGGAUGCCGCUGUCCUACACAAGGCGUCAGCCCCAAUGUCACCGUCCGACCGCCCAUCGAUCGAUAGAGCGGAAGAUCAAGUGCUUGCCACGGGAACUACCGUGGGCAGCAGCAUAACCGCCGUAUCAGGUCUGUCUAUGGGCAAACGGUCAACUGGCGCGUCCGGGAUUCAUGUUGGGAGGACCCGGGUUCGGGUCGAUGUCGAGCGUAUGACAGCGUUCCUUGCGUUGACGGCGAUCCAUGACGUGAUGAAGAAUUCUUCUUUGUUGCCGACGGUCCACGCGAUGCACGCGCCGUACCACGGCAUCGGCGAGGGCGAUCUCAUCAGCGACCACGACGUUGCGCUCAUGUACAUCAUGGAACACUUUCCUGGCUUGCUGCCCAGCUUCCACGGUUUGGGGCCGGCCCAGCGUGCUGUGGUGUUCUUCACGCAGGGCAAAAUGGGCUUCAACAAUGGCUGGCUCGUACAGGGGGAGGCACCACCAGGUGCCCUCUUCUCACAGUUCAAGGAGGUCAUCACCAUGGGAGGGGCGUCUGAUUCUGACAUCAGCUUCUACUUCGCCCACUGGCUCACGGACCUGGCCGGGGCAGAGCCCUUCGACGAGAGGCCAUGGCCCGGCUCCGAGAAGUUCGCGCUGAAGUUCCCCCUGAAGGUCCUGAACGCGUUCCUGGACUCCUUCACCUACGUACUCCAGCUCAGCUUCUUCUCGGAGGUCCAGGUCAUGGAGGAGUACCUCCUGGGCCGCUGGCUGGCCCUCGGGCUGACCGCAGAGGCCGUGGAGGGCUGUGCCGUGGCCUCCAUGCGCCUGGCGCUCAUGGCGCAGGGCUUCGAGGCCGCCGCCGUGGCCGCCCUGGAGGCCCUCCCGGCCCAGGACCGCGACGUCCUGGCCGCGGAGCUGGCGCGCACCGGGGCGCCGGCGCAGUUCGACGGCGCCCCGGCCGAGGUGCGCGAGCGGCCCGCGGGGCCAGCGCUUCUGGUGUAUGCGGGGGGCUCUCGCGCCGGCCCUGCCAAAGGCGGGCGCGGCGCACGUGGGCGGGGCCCUGCGUGUGCUCGCCGCGGUGUGCCGGGCGGGGCGCGAGCUGUUCCCGCUGGAGGGCACGCCGCAGGCGGUGGCCUCCACGGUGGUGGUCCGCAUAGACGCCCUGAAGGCGCUGACGCCGCUGGAGAUCGGCGCCAGCGGGCCUUGGCUCUUGCAGCGGACCUCUCCGGUCGACGCCGCUGUCGCCACGAGCACGGGGAUGGGCGAGUCUCACGUCGUGGGCGCGCGAGUUGCCCCCAUCAAUUUGCCAGAAUUGGCAUAACAAUUGUUUUCGUGCCUCUCAUCCUCCUUCGACUCCUCCUCCGCCUGCUCUCUCCUCCUCCUCCUCCUCCUCCUGCUGCUCCUUGAGUUUGCACUGGUCCUCCUCCUCCUCCUCUUCAUCCUCCUCUCGCACCGUCGUGGCCGCCCCUGCGCUGCAGGCUGCCGAAGAGAGCCGCAGCACGCGUCACGCCGAACAGAAGAGUGCCCGCGCAGGCGCGCGCGGUGCGGCCGAAGCUUGGCCGCGCGCGAAGGCACUGUCAGGGAUUUUAGCUGGCCGGAGGUUUGAGGUGGCCCAGCAAUGCUUCCGGUCAAUUUGCCUCGUGGUCCAUCUUACCCAGACCCUCCAGGCGCCUCAACUGUCAGGGCCUGUCAUGGCUCACUCCUGACAGGCCCUGUCCUCCGUGGAGCUCGCGCAGUCCCGAUGGCAGCGGACCUGCCGUGCUUGUUGUAUAUAAGCCCGCAGCAGGGUGCCUCAAGUGGGCCGUUACAUGCCCAUGCAGCCUGACUCGAAAUGAAAGGGUGCAGCACUUCUGUCCUGACGUAUCGCUGCCUUGCUCGCGUGCUGCCUGACCUAUACUGCAGUAUUAAAGUGGAGGAGGCCCUCAGCCCUUUGUUGAAAAGAGACGCGGACUCCAGAUGCGCAUCAAGUCAUUGUCGGGGGUCUUGUACAAGACGCCCCAAAAAACGCAUUGGAACCAGCUGAGGGGGCACUGAACUCCC